UAUAUAGGUCAAUUAAAAAACAAAAAAAGACCAAUAAAGUCCCGCAGAAAUCGGUAACGAAACAACCCUCUAAAAAAACAACGAAGAAGAACCGCGGAAGAAGAUUAGGAACCUUCCUUUCGGGCCGCGGGUGUCAGUCGGAGGUUUUAGAGCGGAACACCGACGCGACCACUUUGGAAGCAGCCGUUGUAGCUGAAGCCCCGCGAGGAAGAUGAGCACCAAACAGGUGACCUGCAGGUACUUCCUCCACGGUGUGUGCAGGGAGGGAAGCCGCUGUUUGUUCUCUCACGACCCAACCAACAGUAAACCCUCCACCAUCUGCAAGUUCUACCAGCGAGGAGUCUGCGCCUACGGGGAGCGCUGCAGGUAUGAUCACAUCAAAUCUUCAUCCAGAGGAGGAGCUCCGGAGGAUCACCCCGGUGUAGGAGGAGCCGGAGCCGUCUUCACUCCACCUUCAGUCCGAGGUGGAGUGAAGAAGACGAUGGUCCUCCGGGAUAGAGACACUAUGUUUGGGGGUCCAAUAGACAGCUUGGGGUCGGAGGUCGCGGCGGCUGCAUCGGCAUCUCCUCACUCGUAUGUGCAGGCCAUCAGGACGGGUCUGGACGCUUCAGCACAGGAACACGCCCCUCCCCUUGUGGGCGGAGCCUACCAGGACCUCCCUCAGCUGUGUCCCUACGCUGCCACCGGACACUGCUUCUACGAGGACAGCUGUACGUAUCUCCAUGGCGACCCGUGUGAUGUGUGCGGGCUGCUGGUGCUCCACCCCCACGACCCCGAGCAGAGAAGAGCGCACGAGAAGAUGUGCAUGCUGUCCUUUGAGGCUGACAUGGAGAAGGCUUUCGCAGCCCAGCUGAGCCAGGACAAGGUGUGUUCCAUCUGCAUGGAGCUGGUGGUGCAGAAGCUGAAUCCGUCAGACCGCAGGUUCGGCAUUCUGUCCUCCUGCUGUCACACCUUCUGUCUGGCCUGCAUCCGACAGUGGCGCUGCACCAGGAACUUCAGCAACAAGAUCAUCAAGUCGUGUCCAGAAUGUCGCGUUGUCUCAGAGUUCGUCAUCCCUUCGACCUACUGGGUGGAGGACCAGGACGAGAAGGACCACCUCAUAGACCUCUUCAAGUCAGGAGUUAGUAAGAAGUCCUGUAAGUACUUCGAUCAGGGUCGAGGGUCGUGUCCAUUCGGAGGGAAGUGUUUGUAUCUUCACGCCUUCCCAGACGGCACCCGAGCGGAACCCGACCGGCCCAGAAAGCAGCUGAGCUCCGAGGGGAACGUCCGGUUCAUGAACAACGUCCGCCUGUGGGACUUCAUCGAGGAGCGCGAGCAGCGGCCGGCCACGUCCUCCCUGGAUGAUGACAUCACGGAGAUGAGGGAGCUCUUCAUGCAGAUGUCCGGGCCGAGCCACGACGAGCCGGAGACCCCGGCCGCCGAAGACCAGUAGAGACCGGGGGCCGUCCCCGGCGUCCGACCCCCGGGGGGCGGAUCCGCUUUGUGGAUCGUUGAAAUAUUAAAUCAUGUGACCACACGCAGCUCUCCGUGUGUUUCAGUCUGGAAAGCUAAAUCCCCCCUCUACACACGUUUGUUAAUUGGUUAAUGAUAUAUUGUUGCCAUUUUAUUUAUUGUGUAAAUACAUAAAUACCGAGUAAGUGUGAAGUUGUUCCGUGGUGUUGUUGGAUACGGUAGUUUUCAGAUAUCCAACGGAGGAUAUUGAUAAUAUUAAUGUCAGUGCUCCUGUAGGACCAGUUAAGUAAACCAGACUUCUCAUCAUGAACGUUUGUCCCGCCUCAAAUGGACAGUAUUUAAAUUGAAUGGAUUUCUUAGUCAUUAAAUCAUGACAACUAUAUAACGAGUUUGCUUUUGAGUUUAACUUUUAACAACAGAGCUUCAGAUUGUAAGCGACGUCUUUAACAACAUGACGCAACACACACAAGGUAAUUAUGAAAAAUACAAACAAAAAAUGUAAAUGAAUUAAAAUCAUUUUUUAAAAAGUUA